CGCCAUGGCGGCGGUAGCGGGCGGAGGAGGCUGGCGGUGGAUGGCUUUGCUCGUGCUCGUCGUGUUGCAUCUGGCGGGUGCUGCCUCCGCGUCUGCCUUGCCCCUAGUCAUCAACACCUGGGCGUUUAGGGAGGCGGCAGAGACAGCUUGGAGAGUAUUACAGUUGGGAGGUUCUGAGCUGGAUGCUGUUGAGAGGGGCUGUGGUCAGUGUGAGAUUGACCAGUGCGACGAGAGCGUGGGAUAUGGAGGAAGCCCAGAUGAAAGUGGAGAAACAACACUGGACGCAAUGAUUAUGGAUGGCAACACUUUGGAAGUUGGGGCAGUUGCAGAUCUGAGACAUGUGAAGAAUGCAAUCGGUGUAGCACGAAAGGUCAUGGAAUACACUAAACAUACGUUGUUAGUAGGAGAGUCAGCCUCCUUAUUUGCUGUAAGAAUGGGAUUUCCAUAUGAAGAUUUAACUACUCAGAAAUCUCUUUCAAUGUAUGCGAAGUGGCUUAAUCAAAGCUGUCAGCCAAACUACUGGAAGAACGUGGUACCAGACUCUUCAAAAUCCUGUGGACCAUACAAACGGCCUGGAAAAGUGACUUGUAAAGAAGAACAGACCAUCUCAGAAAGAAAUAUUCAUAAUCAUGAUACUAUUGGUAUGGUUGUAAUUGGUGGGAAUGGAACCAUUGCUUCUGGGACAUCCACUAAUGGUGCAGCUCACAAGAUUCCAGGCCGUGUAGGAGAUUCUCCAAUAGCUGGAGCAGGAUCUUAUGCAGACAGUACAGCUGGAGGAGCUGCAGCCACUGGGGAUGGUGACACCAUGAUGCGCUUCUUACCCAGUUAUCAAGCUGUGGAGUAUAUGAGGAUGGGAACAGACCCAACAGUAGCCUGUCAGAAAGUUAUUUCCAGAAUCCAGAAGUAUGCUCCAAAGUUCUUUGGUGCUGUUAUAUGUGCCAAUACAACUGGAAGUUAUGGUGCUGCAUGUAAUAAAAUUCCAGGAUUCACUCAGUUUCACUUCAUGGUUUCUAGCCCUUUGCUAAGUAAGCCAACUGAGCAAGUAGUAGAUUGCAUUUAAUUUCUUUUGUCCUAUUAACAUCUAAAUGUAGAGGAAGAAAGUGCUACAGUUCCCCAGGUGUAACUUUUUAAAAUGAUUAUUCAUUUUCACUUUCAUAAUCAUGUGAACGAGUACAAAGUAUGUUGAUGAUGCACUGUUUUUAAUAUCUUCUAUUUUAUUAUGGCUUUGUGUAGUGCAACUAAGCCUCAUCUCUAGUUUCCUAAUUUAAUUAUCUUGGUAAUUUAUUUCUAAAUGGUUGUAGACUGGUCCUGUAAUCUAGUGUAAGAUUUAAAAAGCUGACUGUGUACUUUCAGGGAAGUGAACAUAGUUGCAAAAUUAUAGUGCUGAUACUUUCACAGCAUAGGCAAUUCAUCUCUGUUUGAAAAUCUACAUCUAAGUGAAAUAGCUGAAAUGGAUGUGCUUCUCUACUGGAGUCACUUAAGUCAUGAAUUCAAUAGAUAGUACCGUACAUCCGUACAGUUCUUAAACUUCUGCAAACCCAUGGAUUGAACCAUGAUUCUAAACACCACAGAAAACUGUUUUAUAUUUACUUCCAAGUAAUGCCAAGUUUUACCUGUGUCUUCAAAAAAGUAGGGCUUAGGUCACUGGAAAAACAAAUUGCAACAAGAGCUCAUAAUGUGGAAUGGUGGUCAUUCACAGGCAAAGAGACCAACAUUCAAUGGAUCUCCUAAUCUACCUGAUUUCAUAAGAACUAAGUAACCAGAAAUUGUGAAUAGUAGACAUUGAACUAUUUAAAUAUUCCACUUUUCCAUUUAAAUGUGUAUUUGGCAGAAAUUUUGAAUAAAAGGCAGAGAGCAGGAAGGGCUCUGCCUCUACACAAGACUUAUUUUGAAAAUGCUUAAUUAUUCUAAGAUACAGUACAGGUUUUCUUUUCUCUUGAAAAGAAAAUUGUGUGCAAAUGUUGACCAGGAAGGAAAGGGAGAUGAGGAGUAUUAGAGAAGAUUUCAGAGCUUUAAUUCAAAGAUAAGGAACAUCUCCCUGUGGAUGUUUCUCACUUGUUUCACAACAGCUGAGAAUCCAUUUAAAUAGGGGACAUCCAAACAUCCCUGGUGGUACAAGCCCUCAGGGAGUAUUGCCUUGACUCUGACAUGAUGUGAAGACAGCUGGAAAUCUUUAUGUCACUUUCUUGUGCAGUGGAAGUUAGGAAUCUUAAUCACAGUCAUUUCCUUGUCACUGAUAUGCUGUGCACUUGCCCUUUUUUUGUGGCACAUUCAGCCCUGCAAAGGAGCAGUUCCUAGAGCAUGACAGUCACCUACAGCUAACAAAGCUGCUUUUGUCUCUAUCUCUUUGUGUGUCAAAAGAUACCAGAAUUUAUUUUUAAUAUAACUUUAGCACCUUGAGGAUUGUUCCAUAGGUAAUUGAAGUGCUAUUUGAUAAUUUUCUUAACUUGCUGGCUUGCUGAUCAUUUUAUUGAAACUUUGUUAAACUUAAUCUAGGAAAAGUUAAAAGGGAGGACUGAGUAAAAUCCAUGUCUUGUCAUAAACACUUCAAUUAUUCUUUGUUUACUUGAAUAAAAUCAUUGGGUAAUAAAAGCACACAUUAACAUAUCAUUUACAAGUAAAGUUGUUUAGAUGUUUGUGUCCUGCGCCUUAGAAUGAUUGCUGCCUGAUGUUACAAGUUGGUAUAUUACAAAGCUGGUAAAAAAAAAAAACAAAUCCAAAACAUGUUGAAACUAGAGUUGCCAUUUUUGAUGGCUUUCUAUUGAACUUCAUCACGAAAGUCAUUUAUUUGGAAGCCUCACUUCUGUCACUGGAUCUUUAGAGCAUCUCGUUACAUGGAGUUCACUGUAGCCCACAACAAGCUUUCAUCAAAGGAGCUCUUACCUUAAAUCACUACAGAUAUAUUCAGUUUAUGUAUCAGUAUAUAUUCAGUAUAUCAGUAUAUAUAUCAGUAUUUCAGUAUAUCAAUAUAUAUAUCAGAUACAUUCAGUAUAUAUCUUCAGAGUAUUCAGGCAGUGAAGUGCAAAGAGAUAAAUAAAAACCCAAUGAUUCACAGAAUCACAGAAUGGUAGGGGUUAAAAGGGACCUCUAAAGAUCAUCCAGUGUAACCCCCCAGUUCAAACAGAUCCACCUAGAUCAGAUCACUCGGGAACAUGUCCAGGCAGGUUUUGAAAAUCUCCAGAGAAGGAGACUGCACCCUCCCUGGGCAGCCUGUGCCAAUGCUCCAUCACCCUCACAGUAAAGCAGUUUUUCCUUAAGUUUAAAUGGAACUUUUUGGGUUCCAGCUUCUUUCUGUUGCCCCUAGUCCUGUCACUGGAUACUACAGAAGAAAGUGUUGCCCCCAUCCCCUUGACAUGGUAAGUAUUAGUGAGGUUAUAGGAGACAAUGUCAAAAGUCUCACUGAAGUCAAGGUAGAUGACAUCCACUGCUCUCUCCUCAUCCAGCCAGCCAGUAACUGUAGACUACCAAUGAAAUAUAUCCUGUCCUAAUUUUCAGUGAAGUCAAGGUUAAUCUUUCAAAUGGAAUCUACAAGUAAGACUAUGUAAACUGGAGUGAAUCUGUUAUCACAGGGUUAAAACACCAGUGAUGCUGAUUGUUUUUUCUGUUAGCAUUUGUUUGGAUUUAGUUCUACAUGACUGUUGUAACUCAUUAAAGACUUUGUUCAUCCUUGUUCAGUGCUAUUAUCUGUAGUCUCUAUGUGAGGAAACAUCAGUGAAACAGUUAAAUUUACUUUAGUUGUAAUCUACAACUGGUAUGUUUGUUAUACUUUAGCCACUGAACUACAAGUAUUCUCUCUAGGGGGUCUGUUCAUUCCUCCACAUAAGCUCCAUUAAAUUUACAGCAAAAGAACAUUACAGGAAUGUCUGUAGAGCAGAUGUGUCAGAAUCUCAGGAUUUUGUGACUAGUUUUGUUACUAUUAAGCUGCUGAGUCAGGCACCAAACAUUUUUAGAUGUUUUUGCGUUUAACAAUAUUAGCUGUGUUUUCAUUC